AGUCUUUACCAAGUACCAACCUACGUAAAAACAAAAAAUCCAAUUUAAUGUUUAGCAAAGAGAAUUUACACACUACGUUCAUGUUUAGCUUAUUCAGCUAUUAAAUGUUAGAUUAUAAAUAGGCAUUUCUUUAGAUCAUUAUAAUAUUCAGUGAAAUAUAAUAAGUUUGUAAACAUUUCUUUAUGUACAUUUAAUAUAUAUCAUAACCUUUAUGAUGUCAGUAAAUUAUUCCUUUUUUUCCUAAUAUGGAUGAUGAUUGUAAAGACUACAGAAAGAGUAAACCACAACAAAAACUUUACAAGCCAGGUAGUGGCCCUUUAAGAAGAUCAAGAUAUGGUUUUGAUGUUAAAAUGGAUUCAUAUAGUGUAAAUAGUGAUAUGAGAUCUAAAGAGAGGAAUUAUUAUGGGUCUGUAAAUUCUGUAAAUGGUGAACCAGAGUCAUGCAAAGACCAUAACACUACUAACAGUCGAUACAGAAAACCAGGUCUACAACUGUACCAAGCCAGAGCAGGUGAUGCAGAGAGGGGUGAUAAUUCUAGUCAAUGCAAUAAUAGACAAGUGAAAAGUAGACAAGAAAAUCAUAGCUAUAGUGGUAGUACAGGGUCUUAUAAUAGGGGUGGGAAAACUGAGACACAUAAAGAUGGAGCCUGUAAAGAUAUAAAUUACAAUAAGCAGCUAAAAAAAGGAUCUGAUUCAUCAUCCCCAAUAAGAAAUAAUCAUGGGUAUAAUACAUCCGAAAGAAACCGUGACAGCAGAAGCAUGGAAACUUGGACUGGCAGACAUAAUUUAAAUACUGGAGGUAAACCACCUUCUGGCAGAAGAAAUUCAGCAGGGUAUGCCAAUGAACCUCGCCAAAAACAAAUAGUAGAUUUGGACAACAUACCUCCCCGCUUCAGAAAAAAAUAUUUAGAACAAGCAGGGCAUCAUAGCAUUGAAAAUAUAGAUCAAUAUAAUAAGGGUUCAAAUGAGUUAGCUCAGUCUGUUAAUCAAGUACCACAGUUUACAACAUCAACCUGGUCACAAACAUUGCCCUCCAGGGGCAGGGGUCGCUUGAAGGAUUAUAAUAAUUUUGACAAAGAAAAGAUAAAUUCAUUUUUACGGAACUAUGAUGUGCAAAAUUCUCACCGAUCAACACCCAGUAGUUCUUGUACAAAUCUAUUUGAAUCUAGUAAUUUUAUGCCUAAAGGAGGUGCAACACAAUUUUGUGGUUAUGAAAAACAAAUAGAUACCUAUGAAAAUGGUUUGUCUACAAAUAAAGGAAGUACUAGUCAUAUUGACAACACUCAGGACUUGAGUACAACAAGCAUAAGUCAAAUUGAUAGUGAAGAGUCUAAAGAUGUAGAACCUAUAAGUAGCACUCUCUCAGAUAUGACAAAUCUGGAUUGGACCGAGGAAGUAGAAAAAAAUAUUAAGUUAGAUGAAAUCUCAGAGCCUUCAACUAGCUUUUCGAAGUCUAUUCAAGAAACUAAGGCAGCUGAACCAAAGGAAUCCAAAAGAAGAUCUCGGCAUAGGGAUAAAAGAAGCUCAAGCAGAGGUCACAGGAAUUCUGAAAAGAAGGAAAGAUCCAGAAAGGACAGUAAUGUUAGUGUUCAGUAUGAACCAGAACGCCACCGUAGAGACAGUAAUGUUAGUGUCCACACACAUGACAUUAAUGGCCAAGGACUCAAACACCAUGAGAGAGAGAGAAGAGACAGUCAUAGAAGUAAUAAAUCUUCAACAAUUGGCAACAGCAGGGAUGAUUUAGAUAGGUGGAGAUCAUUGAGGUCUUACAGUCGGGAGCAAAGUACAGAAAGGAAAAUUGUAUCCCAAUGCAACAGCCGAGGCACAUCAGUUAACCGAGCUUUAAGUCCAAGAGACAGUGAGGGCUUUAGAGUACCGUGCAACAAAUCGGGAAACUGGACUGCAAAUAAUCAAAAACGUAACGAUUCCUCAUGGGUGAAUAGAAGACCAUCUAGCAUUGAGCGUCGCCGGGGUUCACCGACUCCAAGUACCACAAGCGUGGAACCCUUGAGUGAGAAUCUAGACAUGAACACGAGUUCAUCAAGUGGACGCAGGAACCGGAAGAAGGGCGGCAAGAGACGCGGUCGGAAUUCGGAGAACGUUCAACCUUCUCCCGUGCCACCCGGAUCCACUCCUGCGCCCACCAAUGUCAACUGGCGCGAGGAAAUCAUCGAAGCCAAAAAACACCAAGCUGAUCGGCAUACCGACAAUUCUCACCAAAGAAAGAGGCUGAAUAGUGUGAUGUCAGAUAAAUCUACAUCGGACGUGUCUUCCUCUCAACCGGGCCUGCUUGUAUUGCCUCAAGGAUCAUCAACACAUACACAUAAAGAUCAACACACUCGCGGAGGCGCUACAGAGAAUCAAAAAACACUAUUUGAUCCCCACAAUCCUUCAAGACCGAUCGUUCACACCACCUCUAAACCUGAUGUUAGAAUGGAAAGAGGGUUAAAAGAGAUGUCGCUGCGUAACGGGUUGGGGUACGAGUGCGGCGUGACGGAGGUGGAGGUAGCGGGCGAGGCGGGGGAGGCGGGGGAGGCGGGCGAGGCGGGGCGCGGUGCGCGGCACGUGGCACUGCUGCAGCAGGUGGACCGCGCUGACGCCAUCUUGAAGACGCAGGCGCUGAGGCCGCCGCUCGCGCUCGCGCACGGCUGGCACGACGUCGCCGGGACCAGAAAAUUCUUGCAAAAUGCCUUACAGAAGCUUCUGUUAUCAGAUCUAAAAUAUUGUCAAGCAGACAACAUUGAACAACAAUUCUGGAAAAUAUUAUACUAUCACUUCAUAGAAACUUUACGGAAACAUAUUAUUCAAGUCUCACCCGAAGAAAAAGUAGAAAUUGUUAAGCUUAUAAAUGUAAUAAUCGAUGAAGGCUAUGUGUUUUACGAGAAUCUCAUUCAGUUGUUAGAAAAAACGUACAAAUUUAACACUGAGGAUUAUCUGAACAAUAAUCAUUCGCUUCCACCAAAGGGUCUCGGCUAUGUGGGCCUCGCUAUGAUCUCAGUACAAAAACUUUAUGUAUGCUUAGGUGAUUUGGCUAGGUAUAAGGAGCAAGUAAACGAAUCCCACAACUACGCGAAGAGCAAGUUUUGGUAUACUAAAGCUCAGCAGAUCAAUCCAAAGAAUGGUCGUCCAUAUAAUCAGUUGGCAAUACUGGCCAUAUAUGCUAGACGAAAACUGGAUGCAGUGUAUUACUAUAUGAGGAGUUUAAUGUCAUCGAAUCCAUUUCAAUCAGCGCGCGAGAGUUUGCUAUCAUUAUUUGAAGAAAAUAGAAAAAAGUACGAGGCUGCUGAACGCAAGCGCCGUGUAGUUCUGGAGUCCAAAACAGUGGAGACUGAAUUUGAGGGUAGUUCAAGACGCGAGGUGUGGAUCAGACCGGGGACUCAACGUCCCACCACGGACAACUUGAUUCAACAGGACUUUGACGCCAUGACACCUGUUGAGUUAAACAAAAACUUUAUAACUGCCUAUCUUCAUGUACAUGGAAAGUUGGUUACGAAAAUCGGGAUGGAGACUUUCGACGAGAGCGCCACCCAGAUGCUGGCCCAGUUCCGCGCUCUCCUGCACCGACAACCCUUGCCCACUCCAGCCGCGCGGCUCUUGCAGCUCACGGCGCUCAACAUGUUCGCCGUGGAGAUGAAUACCGCGCCCGCUAAAGGUAAGAACGGGAAUGAAGAGCGAUCAGCGUGGCUGGAAUGUGCGUUGGGCGUGGCUCUGAUGAUGUUCGGAGCGUUGCUCGAACGCUGCUGUGCCCUGCUGCCGGAGCCCCCGCAGUCUCAGCAGCACACUGAUGCCCUGUCGCUACUGCCGGCUAUUAAGGUUUGGUCUGACUGGAUGUUGUGUCACAGCAGUGUAUGGAACCCACCUCCCUCAUUUGACAACUUCGGAACAGAAAGCGACAAGGAUCCUUGGGAUUGGAUGGCCACAUUGAUGAACAUACUCGAAUCCUACGACGACAAGACGAUCCAGUUUGAAAGUGGGCCAAAAGAAGGCUACGCACCAGUUCGCUUGGCUGAAGACUCAUCGCUGGCGGGGUUCACUCCAUUGAUGUACAUGGAGCCGGCGGUCGCGUGGGUCAGCAGCGAUCCACCUCUUCCGCACCAUGCGGCCGAACACGCGCUAAGAACUAGAAAACUGCUCUUCUUUGGAACCGAAUAUCUAGUUGGAGUGGAGCCGCCUGUGCUUAAGUUGGAAUACCCGGCGGACUCCCAGCCCCGGUACGUCAGCGCUGUACAGAGGACGAUUACCGACUACCCUCCAUUACAGCAAUUGACUGAAAAAUCAGAAGAUGAGACUAACCCAAGUGGGGAAAUAGACGAACCGACCGGCAACAGCGAAGGUGUAGAUGUGGAAGGUGCUGAUGAAGUGACUAAGAGGUUGCUGCGGAGGAAAGAACAGUUGGAGUCGCGGAACGCCACCCUGGAGAAACGUAGACAGCGAAUGCAGGAGAUGCUGGGCAGUGGCGGCGCGGCGCCGGAACUGGAGGUGCGGCCACGCUUCCUGGUGCCCGACACCAACUGCUUCAUUGACCACCUCCACUUGAUCCGGACACUCUCCGCACACAAUCCCUACAACAUCGUCGUGCCUCUCGUUGUGAUGAGCGAGCUGGAGGGUCUGUGCCGGUGCGCUCGUCUGGGCGGGGCAUGUCGCGACGCGCUGGCGUGGGUGGCGAGCGCGGGCCCGAGAGUGAGGCUGGCGACCGCGCGCGGCUCACUGCUGGCGUCGCGUGCCUUCACCGCGGAGCACCACCGGCCCGCCACCAACGACGACCGCGUGCUGGACACGGCGCUCAACCUGCACGCCAACCUGACCGACCCAGCAGACACAAAAGAUGAUGGCGAGAGGAAGACGCGUCGUGUUUGCGAGGUGGUGCUGCUCACUGAUGACCGGAACCUGCGCGUGAAGGCCCUGGCGGCCGAGCUACCGGCGCGAGACCUGCUCUCCUUCAUGCAGUGGGCGGGCAUCGCGAGCGAGCUUCAGAAACCCGAAGUACAAACUAUACCAACUCCCAACGAUACCAAGUAACAAGUUGCGUAUACUUCAUGACACAGAUAGUCUAAGGCCCAGAUGGGUCUUUCGCUAUUUUAUCAGAUCGCUUAAGGCGGGAUACGCCAGCGACUCUACGCAACAAUCUUCAGACGCAAGCUGUGACCAAUUACAAGCACAGUGCGAACGUACCGGAGGAUGAACACCAGUGCGGACCAGCUACCGUAUACCAGCUAUCGUUCAGUACGAACGACACGCCGAUACCGCCGAUGCAUGUUUUAAAAAAAUAUUCUCUAAAUUAAUGUGUGAAUUUCGUUUUGUAUGUUUAUGACACCGAUUUUUGUAGUUUUAGAUCUAUAUAAAAAAUUUGAUGUAAAAUGUUUUAGAUUUCGGACCCAGCGACUUCGAAGCCCUCAAUGUGUUUCACUCUAGUUAUAUAGGAAUUGAAUAGUAUUAAGCGAAAACACUGAACUAAACAAAGUAUAGAUAUUAGCAAUACUAAAUAAAUACAUUUGUUAACAGCCAAGGGACAUUGCAUUCGAAAGCCCUGAGCAUUUAGUAAUUAGAUUUUUUAUUAUUAUUUUUUUUUACGUUCUUUUUUAGCGAUAUGUUUUGAAGUUGCCUCCUUGUCUUUAUUUAGCUUUUAUAUUUUACUUUUUUUUUUAAAGAAUCAAAUUGAUCGUCAGCGAAUCAAUUCAUAGCUUUACAUUAUUAUAACUAAUACUAUGAACUAAAUAAUAACAAUGAAUUUUCUUCUCGUUUCUAGAUUUUAUAAAUUUGCUUCUAAUUUUAUUGUCUAUUGAUAUUAGAAGCAUGGAUAAUCUCGCUUCGCUAGUUCUUAUUUUAUUCUUAAUUAAUUUUUAAAUAGAAUGCAAGUAGAUAAUAAAAUAUAAGAAUUAUGUUAAAGUUACUCUAUAUAAAAUAUUUUACUUAUAUACUUUUGUUAAGUAAUUUCUGUGACAGUUGACAUUUCUAACGAAAGUUGUUUUUGUUUAUUCCAUAUAUAAAUCUAAAUCAGUCUAUUUUUUGCUAGAUCAAGUUGAUAUGUAUGUACACUUAAUGUUAUACUAAAGUUAUACUUUAACUUAAUAGUUAGAAAAAAGGUAUUAUAUUAUAAAAUAUAACAGGUAAUAGUAAAAUGAUUGUGUCUAUAGAGUUUAAUAAUUAUACACAUACUAUUUUUCAUUUUAUCUUUGAAAUUAUUCCUUUCUGCUAAAUCAUGUUUAAUAAACAUUGAACACACCUAA